CCACGUAUUUUUAGUAUCACACGAUUCGUCCCCAUUUGAGUGUUGCAUCAGCUUGGAGUCUCGCAAAACUCUGACCGAGAAAUUGUCCAUAAAACCAUCGCCGUGCUUUACGUGGCUAAGAUUUCAACUGGACUUCCAAAAAUCGUCGACAUUUCCUUCAACUUACAAUGGUACGGGAAGAGAUUCUAGAAAAAUGGCAUUUGGCAGCGAGUCGUUUGGGGAAUGCCAAUUCAAUAGUUCAGAAAAAUGCACGGCGAGCACGUCGAGCUUUGGAAGAAGAAGAGCGAAAAAUAAGAGUCGCAGUGGAGCAAGCUGCAGGAAAUAGCCCCUUCUCAAGACGCGACUCAGUCAAGUCGGGAUCAUAUUCCUCUAAAAUAUUCAAUCCGCAAUCGACUACUCGAGAACACAGCUUUCAGGUGAAAAAAGUUAUGAAUCCGAAAAAAAAAUGUUCAGUAUGUGGAGAAAGAAUAAAUACUGGUAUUUAUACGAUGGCGUUAAAAUGCGAGAAUUGUAUCGCAAUGGUUCACAUCAAGUGCAAAGAAAAACUUCCAAUUCCGUGCGUGCCAACACCGAAAGAUUGCAAAUAUGAGGGCGAAAAGAAACCCAUCGAAUGUUAUGCGCCGAAGGUAUCACCGAUGGUACCAUCUCUGGUUGUCCAUUGCAUAAGGGAGAUUGAGUCACGCGGUAUGGAGGAAGGCUUGUACAGGGUAUCCGGGAAUGCCCAGCACAUCAAAAAUCUGAAGGAACUGUUCGAAAAGCACAAAAAAGCUCCGAUCCUGUUGAAUUUCGAUAUACCCACGAUCGCCUCGGCUUUGAAGAGUUUUUUGGCGUCGCUGAGCGAGCCGCUCAUCACCAUUGAACUCCGGGAUGAAUUCAUUCGUGCAGCUAUGAAAUCUGACAAAAUCUUACUCAUUCACUCGAUCGAGAAACUUCCAGAGCCGAAUCGCGACACUCUGGCUUUUCUCUUGCUUCAUUUGCAACGCGUCAUUAAAAAAAAGUCAUGCCGAAUGGACCGAAACAAUCUUGCCAGGGUUUUUGGGCCCACACUCGUCGGCGAGGGCACCGCAGCAGUCACUAUAGAAACGCUUGAUACUGAGACGAAAAAGCAAACUGCUGUCGUUAACGCCUUGUUAGAAAUUUCUCCCAAUUAUUGGAGAAAAUUCGUCGGUGAUCGCCAACGCUUAAGCGGGACCGCUCCUUUGGACAUGCCAGAGGAUAGUGAACCCGGAGACAUGAUAUCGGUCCCCCUCAGACGUAGCUGGUCUUCUAGAUUGAAAAGAAAUCCAUUCCGCAGAAGUAACAGCUAUUCGAAGAAAAUCAGAAAUGCAUCUGGCCAGUCAUGGAAUUCAGUUUCAAGUCGCCAACUACUCGAAUAGGAAUUUGGGGAUUGUAUCAACAACUGUUUGUGCGGGUUCAUAGGGCCUGUAAAUAUUGUGUGCAAUGAAAUUCCGACUGACUUGCACACAAUGUUCACAGACCCAUGCCCAGCACACUUCUGUCUACACAGGUAAGUUCUGGAUGCGAUCUGAACGCUUUCACGUUAACAUCCGAGAAGAUUAUUCACGUACCAGCUGCAUCGGCAAGGUUUUCUGCAGUUUCCCUUCGCCUCCGACAAAUGUGAUGCAGUUAUAUAACGACAAGUCGGCUGCAGCCGCAAAACCGUAAUUCUUAAGAAAAUAAGUUAUCGAUGAUUCAUUGGCUGUUCGAAUAAUCGGUUGGUAAAUGUAAGGAGCAUAAUAUAAAGUAGCGCCAAUUUUUUACUAUGGCCAUCUCGAUAAAGUCAUCAAAUUGAAACUAAAUUCAAUGAUAUUUUUUUUGACGCUGCUUAUGGAAAGGUUGUGAUGGAAUAUUUUUUGGAUCUUUGAAUGAAUCGAACGAAGAGUAGUUUCAAUUUUACGCACCAGGCUAAAUAAACUUAUGUAAAUGAUAAAUCUUCGAAUUAUUCUUAUCUAAAAAAGAAACUGAAUAGUCAUCUAAAUUUCCGGGGACAUCAUAAUCCUGAAAAAAAAUCAUAAAGUUGCUUACGGUGUGACGUAUCCGAAACGUCUCUCAGCUCGUGAAUCAUCCCACGUUACUCCUGCUUUUUUUACAUCAUUUUCGUGGAAUCUUACGUAAUCGAGAAAAUAAACAAUAAAAGUAGGUAAAUUGUUUUAAAACUUGGAAAAAAGUAUUGUUCCAUUUAUCAAGAGCUUUUGUUUAAGAUACCAAGAAAUAAUUUGAGUUCGAAUGAAAAAGAAGAAAAUGAGAAAAGAAAACGGCAGGUUUGGUCGGCACAUGUUUCGUUUUUUCGAAGAACUCAAAACCAUUUCAAGUUUUUCGUUAUCUUACAUUUUAUAUUUGUUCACUGCUUCAUAAAAUGAAAUAAGAAUUGUGAGUAACAAACAAUUCUAUCACUUAAAAAAAAAAACAACAAUAAUAUAAUAAAGGAAAGUUGUUGAAUUCCAA